AUGUCUUCGCCCAAGAUUGCCAUCAUCGGCGCCGGCCCCGGCGGCCUGACUCUGGCACGCAUUCUUCACGUCAACGGCAUCCCCACCACUAUAUUCGAGAAGGACCGCGAUCGCCAGUUCCGCCACACCGCAGGCGGGUGCCUCGACCUCCACGAGCACUCGGGCCAAAAGGCCCUCCAAGCAGCAAACCUCUUCGCCGAGUUCCAAAAGCACGCCCGCUACGACGCCGAGGCCCUCGUCCUGACGGACCGGUUCGGCGAAGAGCACGUCAACGUCAAGGGCAUCGACACGGGCCGCCCGGAGAUCGACCGCCCCGUCCUCCGCCAGAUGCUGCUCGACUCGCUGCCGGCCGAGUACGUGCGCUGGGGCCACAGCCUACGGCGGGUGGACGAGGACGGCGCGUUGCACUUCGAUCACGGCGCCGUGGAGCGCGGCUUCGACCUCGUCGUCGGCGCCGACGGCGCGUGGUCCAAGGUGCGGCCGCUCGUCAGCACCGUGCCGCCCUUCUACUCGGGCGUCACCGGGCUCGAGUGGUGGCUGCGCGCGCCGGACCGCACGCACCCGGCGCUGUCGGCCGCGCUGGGCGCCGGCUCGUACUUUGCGUUCGGCGACGAGGAGGGCCGCUGCCUGGCCAGCCAGCGCCAGGGCGACCGCAGCGUGCGCUGCUACGCCUUCAUGCGCAAGCCCGAGGCGUGGGUGCGCGACUGCGGCGUCGACUGGACGGACCGCGAGGCGGCGAAGCGGCGCCUCUUGGAGGAGGAGUACGCCGGCUGGCCGCAGAAGCUGACGGCCGUCAUCGACGCGUGGGACCAGGGCGACGUCAUCCCCCGGCCGCUGUACAUGCUGCCCGUCGGCGUGAGGUGGCCGCAUCGGAGGGGCUUCACGUUGCUGGGCGACGCGGCGCAUCUGAUGACGCCGUUUGCGGGCGAGGGCGUGAAUGCGGCCAUGUGGGAUGCCAUGGAGCUGGCCGAGGCCAUCGUCGCGGACCGUGCCGCCGCCACCUCCGCGGAUGCUUUGGACGCCGCGGUCUGGGCGUAUGAGAAGAAGAUGUUCCCCCGCGCGGAGAAGAUCCAGCAGAUGACGUGGGAUAGCAUGCGCAGCCGGUUUGACCGCGGGGGUAUAGCGCACUUGAAGGAGAGGUUUUCGUUCUUGUUGGAAAUGAGGCAGAAGGGAGAGAAGGUCAAGGACGGCGGAAUCGGCGCAGAGGUGACGGAGUAG